UUCUACACUUGGCAACAUGGUAAAGGAAAGUUUCAGCUGGACGCUACUGUUGUUCUUUGUGCUUUACAGCAGAUGCUCAGUGGUUUCUGCAUCAGAGGUGUGCUCCAACACCAUUCUACCUGGAUCCAAAGGUGAUCCUGGAGAGGUGGGAGAUGAGGGAGACCAGGGAAGACUGGGGAAGCCUGGACCGCCCGGACACACAGGUUUGGCAGGAAACGUUGGCACUAAAGGAGAGGAUGGACUGAUGGGGAAGAUGGGGCCCAUGGGAGACAGAGGUGACAAAGGAGAAAAGGGAGUUGAUGGUCCACCAGGAAUAAAGGGCAAGUCAGGUGCGAGCUGCGACUGCAGUAGAUACAGAAAAGUUGUCUGGCAGAUGAACAUCAACAUAGGAAAACUGAAAAACGCUGUCAAGUUUCUGAAGGAUGUCAUUUUAGGCAUCAAAGAGACAGAAGAGAAAUUCUACCUGAUAGUGAAGGAAGCGCGGAAGUUCCGAGAGGCACUCCUUAACUGUAAGCUGCGAGGUGGAUCUCUGGCCAUGCCCAGAAGCGCAGAUGUUAACGCCCUGUUGGCAGGUUACGUCAGCGAGGCCAGCCUCACUCAUGUGUUCAUAGGACUGCAGCCUGGGGAGGUGCCAGGAACCCAUGUGUAUGCGGACCAAAGCCCAUUGACGAGCUACGCUGCCUGGGGCCCUGAGGAGCCACGUGGGGCCAAUGUAAGCUGUGUGCAGCUGGACAGCGCCGGGAGCUGGAGCCACGCGGAAUGUGAUGCCACAAAGUACUAUCUCUGUGAGUUUCUGAAGAGCAGGACUGUCUCCGCAGCUACACAGUGAUUAUGUUACCAACUCAAAACGCAUAAAGCUAAGAAACAAAGAAAAAGUGCAGGCUUCGUACUGUGAGCGUAUUUCAGCAUAUCUGUAACUAAACAAUACCAUGUUGAAUAAAGAACACUGAUAAGCA